AUGUCUGGGAUUCGGAGAGCAACCCAUGCCGGCAGUUGGUACACGCACAGCUCAUCCAAGCUCAACACCCAACUCGAUGAAUGGCUCUCUGAGGUACCCGACAAGAUCCACGACAACGACGUACCUAUCAAAGGUGCGAGAGUGAUUAUUGCACCUCAUGCCGGCUACAGCUACUCCGGGCCCUGCGCCGCCUGGGCCUACAAGGUCUUUGACGUCAGCGCCGCAAAGCGGAUCUUUGUCCUUGGACCCUCACAUACGUACUAUCUUUCCGGCUGUGCCUUGACGACCUACGCUACCUACGAGACGCCACUCGGCAACCUACGGGUGGACCUCGACACGGUCAAGCAGCUCCGAGACACGGGCAAGUUCAAGGACAUACCGCGCCACAGUGAUGAGGACGAGCACAGCCUGGAGAUGCACCUGCCGUACCUCGCCAAACGGCUGAAGCAGACGUUCGGUGGCGGCAGCGACGGCGAUGGCGACGCCUCGUGGCCGCCCGUGGUGCCCAUCCUGAUAGGAGAUAACAAGCGAGACGCGGAAAAGGCCUUUGGGGAGCUGCUACUGCCGUACCUGCGCGACCCGGAAAACGCCUUUAUCGUCAGCUCCGACUUUUGUCACUGGGGUAGUCGCUUCGGCUACACCAAGUACACCAGCGACGGCACCGUCCAGGGGGUGAGGAGCCUCGGCAGGGCGGACCGGAACCUGCCGGUCCCGAUACACGAGGGUAUCCGAGUGUUGGACCACCUGGCCAUGGACGCUAUCGAGACGGGGAGCCACGACGCCUUCUACGACAACCUCAAGGUGACCGGGAAUACGGUCUGCGGACGUCACCCGAUCGGGGUUGUCAUGGCUGCGCUGGAAAUGCUGAAGAAGGAGAGGGCCGGUGGUGAUGCUGCCGCGUCAGGCUCUAAGAAGGGAGACGGCGUGUUCACCUUUGUCAAGUACGACAGGAGCAGCCUUGUUGAAGAUGUUAGCGAUUCCAGCGUCAGCUACGCUGCGGCUUACGCGGUGAUUUGA